AUGACGACCGGGUACACUCGAGAAAACUACGGGAUGACGAGCAUCAAAGAAGUGCAAACCCUCCAUAGCUCCAAGACUCUGGUCGAACACCUCCAAGACCUUCACGACAGCCUCACAGACUACCACCCACCCAAAGUCAUCCACCCGAGUAUCGACGAUCUACAACCCUCCAAGAAAUCCCUCUUCGGCGGGCUGUUUGGCGCCAACAAGAAAAAGAAGGUCAUCAAUGAGAUCCCCGAGAACCUACCCAAGGGCCUAUACAUGUAUGGGGACGUGGGUUCGGGGAAGACCAUGUUAAUGGAUCUCUUCUACGACACCCUCCCACCAAACAUGACAUCCAAGACCCGCAUCCAUUUCCACAACUUCAUGCAGGAUGUCCACAAGCGCCUGCACAAGAUCCGCAUGGAGCACGGCAGUGAAUUUGACGCCGUUCCUUUUGUCGCCGCUGAUAUUGCCGAAACCGCACAAGUCUUGUGCUUCGACGAGUUCCAGUGUACCGACGUCGCCGACGCCAUGAUUCUUCGCCGCCUGCUCGAGGCCCUUAUGUCCCACGGUGUCGUCCUCGUCACCACUUCCAACCGGCACCCAGACGACCUAUACAAGAACGGCAUCCAACGCCAGUCCUUUAUUCCCUGUAUAAAUCUUCUCAAGAAACAACUUCGUGUCAUAAACCUCGAUUCCUCCACCGAUUAUCGAAAACUUCCCCGGCCCCCGUCUGGCGUCUACCACCACCCUCUCGAUCGCGCUGCUGUUUCCCACGCCAAUAAAUGGUUCUCCUUCCUCGGUGACCCGGAAGGCGAUCCACCCCACCCAGCCACCGUGACCGUCUGGGGUCGCGACGUUCAGAUCCCCCAGGUCUCCGGCCGCGCCGCUCGCUUCACAUUCAAAGAACUCAUCGGCCGUGCGACCGGCGCUGCUGACUAUAUAGAGAUGAUGCGGUCCUUCGAUGCCUUCAUCGUCACGGAUGUCCCCGGCAUGACCCACCGCGAGCGCGACUGGGCCCGACGCUUCAUCACCUUCAUCGACGCCGUCUACGAAUCGCAGGCAAAGUUGGUUCUCACCACCGCCGUACCGCUCUCGCAACUUUUCCUCUCCAAAACCGAACUUGACCAGUCCCUUGAGGGAGUGAACCGAAAAGUCGCCCGAGAAGGCGAAGCUGCCAGCGCCAACGAUAAAAAGGUGGCCGCCCAGACCGCCAAAACCGAAACCCACGAAGGUGAAGGCCACGACGUCGACGACGUCAUGCGUAAUCUCAUGGACGAUCUUGGCAUGAGCAUGAGCAUGUUGAAGCAGAGCAGUCUGUUCAGCGGUGACGAAGAGCGAUUCGCGUUUGCCCGAGCUCUGUCCCGCCUCACUGAAAUGGGCAGUCAAGAAUGGGUUGAGCGUGGUCUUGGUCUGGAGAAGAAGGGCGGUCUAGGUGAGAAGGACUCCUGGCAGAGAGUCAGGAGUCGAUGGAGGGAGGAUAGCUUGUAA